AUAUAGCUAUGACGGUGUUUCGCGGGCCGAAAGCACGACCAGUUAUACCGCGACAUGUCACUGUGAAUGCGAUCUGAAGACUGUGGCACCAAAGGCUGUUCCACCUGCGCCAGCUCCGAGCUCUGCAUCUGCAUUGCUGGUUCCUCUGACCUUCGUCCACGCCCCUUUCCUUCAGUCACCACUACGCCUACGCAACCGGGUCCAGUACUGCAAAUGGCACCUCCUGAUAUCCUCCCACCUUUGAAGAAGCUAUGACAGGGCACGCUGUCGAAAUGGAUCCUGCGGGAGGCACCAAUACCGGCUGCGGUGAAGGCAGAACCCGUCGAGGAGAAGAUCAAAGUCUGUGGGGGAACUCUGCGGAUCAUCGUGAUGGACGACCUAUCGCACACGUACUUCAAGGGGCCAGAUUUCAAGCUCAUGAAGCCGUUUUGGCUGAGCUUGGUACUUAGUGUCUACGUAUGUCUGGUGCACCUGCGAGAAAAAAAAAAUGACGAGCCUCGAGCCGCGCAUGGAAGCCGCAAUCGCAACGUCUCGGGGAGCAUCCGACGAAAUACAGGAGCCGAUGCUGCCAGUGUUCGAGACGUGCAGCUGGAAGGUGUGUCUGACUUCAAGCCGAUCCAUCGUCUCAGGCUCUGUACCGGGUCCGGAUGUCACAGAGUGGCGCACUGCAACAUAACACACCAGAGAACGUUUGUCUUCCGCUG